AUGCUAUUACAGACAAGACCUCAGUUCCGAAAGGCAUUGGCCAACGCGUCUAUUUUCUAUCAACGUAUCGUAGUGAGCUUCAACGCGUUGGAAGAAACAGCUGGGGUAGCAACAAGACCUUUCUAUGGGAGGAACUUCUUUCCGACUGCUCGCAUGAAGGACCAGUUUUGCCACUUCUCUCCGUUCUCAUACAAAAAGGACAAUCUCAAUGAAAAAAGGGUAAAAUGUGUGGAACAUAUCAAAUCAAGGCCGGUGGUCAAUUUCUCCCGUUACGCGUAUGUUUUUCUCACCCAGCCAUUAAAACACCAACCUUUGGCUAGUCCACAAACCAGUGGAUAUCCUUUUCCACGCGAUUUGUUUUAUGUUGAUUUCGCAAACGUUUGA